AUGGCGUCCAGGGACUUCCUGCGCGUCUUCGGCGCCGGCGGCGAGGGGUCGGGCGCGCCGGCGGAGGCCGCCAACGCCGGCGCCGGCCAGCCCGACGACGUCGAGCUCAGCCUCGGCCUCUCCCUGGGCGGCCGCUUCGACACCGACGCCGCCGCCAAGCGCCCGCGCCUGGCGCGCUCCUCCUCCAUCGCCUCCGUCUGCUCCGUCUCCUCCCUCCACGGGGACGCCGACGCCGACCCGUCCCCCGCCGCGCCGCUGCCGCUGCUGCGCACCACCUCGCUGCCCACCGAGACCUUGGAGGAGCGCUGGCGCCGCCGCGAGAUGCAGAGCCGCCGCCGCCUCGAGGCGCGCCGGAAGCGCGUCGAGCGGCGCAACUCCAUGGGAUCCUUGGUCCCCGCCGGCCCCAAGCCCGCUGCCGACGCGAUCACCGCCGUCGGCAGCGGGAGGAGGUCCAUCGGCUCGCAGGGGAGCAACUCUGUAAGCACCACGGAGCAAGGUAUUGGUGGAAGUGCAAUUAACCAGUCCACAGGCGCGAGUCCAUCAACCUCUGAUAACACAAAUCAAAAUAACAUGCUUCCUCCGACCAAAGCGGCUGAGAAGCCACUAAAUGGCACUGUGACAGAGCAGCCUCGUCUGCGGACGCUUGGCUCCCUCACGACACGGACGAGCACCAGUGACAUCAGGAAGCUCAUGAUGGAGGACAUGCCAAUGGUCUCAUCCAAGGUAGAAGGGCCUAACACCAGGAGGAUCGACGGCUUCCUGUACAGGUACAAGAGAGGCGAGGACGUGAGGAUAGUAUGCGUCUGCCAUGGUAGCUUCCUCACUCCCGCAGAGUUUGUUAAGCACGCUGGCGGCGGCGAUGUAUCGAAUCCGCUACGGCAUAUUGUCGUCAACCCUGUGCCAUUCUCGUGA